AUGGCGGCCGCUAGCGGGAGCAGGCAAGAGAGGUGGAGCCUCGUCGGCGCGACGGCGCUGGUCACAGGCGGCAGCAAGGGGAUCGGGAACGGGGUCGUCGAAGAGCUGGCCGGGUUCGGCGCGAGGGUGCACACAUGCUCGCGGAACGCGGCAGAGCUUGAGGAGUCCCGGCGCCGGUGGGCGGAGAAGGGGCUCGUCGUCACCGUCUCCGUCUGCGACGUCUCCGUGCCGGCCGACCGGGAGAAGCUCAUGGACACGGUCAAGGCGACCUUCGACGGCAAGCUCGACAUCCUGGUGAACAACGCCGGGCAGGUGUUCUUCAAGCCCGCGGCGGAGUGCACUGCCGAGGACUACUCGCAUGUGAUGGCGACCAACUUGGAGUCAAGCUUCCAUCUGUGCCAGCUCGCGCACCCUCUGCUCGUCAGAGCGUCCGUCGCCGGUGGAGGAAGCGUCGUCCAUAUCUCCUCCAUCGCAAGCUACCUGGGUUACCCUGGGCUCGUGCUCUACUGCAUCUCCAAAGGAGGGAUGAACCAGCUCACAAGGAGCCUGGCUGCUGAGUGGGCCCCAGACAAGAUCCGUGUGAACUGCGUCGCACCAGGGAUGGUCAUGACUGACAUGGUUACAAACGUCCCGUUUAUCCUGGAGAAAGAAAGUUUGUCGCGUAUUCCGCUGCAGCGGAGCGGCGAGCCGGCGGAGAUCGCGUCGGUGGUGGCGUUUCUGUGUAUGCCGGCGGCGUCCUAUGUCACCGGCCAAGUCAUCUACGUCGACGGCGGCCGGACCAUAAGCGCCUGA